GAAGCGAAUUUUCUAGCGGAAAAAGAACCGGGGAAGCAAAACCAAGACACGUACACAGGGGAAACAAAAAAUCGAUGGCCUCUUGUUUACAGGUACCUAUGGCGUACUCAAUCCCUUCGUGCUCUUCUUCGUCUUCUUCAUCGCUGCAGUCGAUUAAACGGGGAAGUUUGAAGAGUAGUUGUUGUGCUCUUGGAGCAAAAAGCUCAGCCAAAAUCCCUAUGCCUCCAGUUAACCCUAAGGACCCGUUUCUCUCGAAGCUUGCAUCAGUUGCCGCUACGUCGCCCGAAGCGUUUCUCAACCGACCGGUGAACUCGGAUACGCCGCCGUAUUUGGACUUGUUCGAUUCUCCCAAGCUCAUGGCUUCUCCUGCUCAAGUGGAAAGAUCAGUCUCCUAUAGUGAGCACAGACCGAGGCGGCCCCCACCUGACUUACCCUCUUUGCUUCUCCAUGGGAGAAUAGUUUACAUUGGUAUGCCGCUGGUGCCAGCUGUUACAGAACUUGUGGUUGCAGAAUUGAUGUACCUGCAAUGGAUGGAUCCCAAGCAGCCUAUAUAUUUAUAUAUAAAUUCCACAGGAACAACUCGUGACGAUGGUGAAACGGUAGGAAUGGAAACAGAAGGUUUUGCAAUUUAUGAUGCAUUGAUGCAGCUAAAAAAUGAGAUACACACUGUUGCUGUUGGAGCUGCUAUAGGUCAGGCAUGUUUAUUACUUGCUGCUGGUACUAAGGGUAAACGGUUUAUGAUGCCACAUGCAAAAGCUAUGAUCCAGCAGCCUCGUUUGCCAUCAUCUGGACUGAUGCCUGCUAGUGAUGUCCUUAUUCGUGCAAGAGAGGCAGUGAUAAACAGGGAUACUCUUGCGGAACUUCUAGCCAAACACACUGGGAAUUCAGUGGAGACUGUAGCUAGUGUGAUGAAAAGACCAUUUUAUAUGGACUCAACAAGGGCUAAAGAGUUUGGAGUCAUUGACAAGAUACUUUGGCGUGGUCAAGACAAGAUAAUGGCUGAUGCUGCCACUCCAGAGGAAUGGGACAGAAAUGCUGGCAUCAAAGUUGUUGAUGGACUUUAGUUCCUUCAUUCUUGGUGCUUGUCACUAGUUGGUUUAAAGCAGCUCUAGACAAUAGAUUCUAUGAUCAAAAAUUGGAGGCAAUCGCCGGAGGUUUUGGGAGAGAGCUUGUUGUAUACGGAGAAA